CGAACUUCGGCAGCUAUAGUCAGUGCCAGCGCCAACGCAGAGCUACGCGAUGCUCCGCGCCUGCGGCGCCGCGGCUCCGGCGUCUGUGCCCGCCCUCGUCAGGGCGCGCCUCGCGAAGCCCUCCUCCUCCGUCGCAGCCUCCGCAGUCGCCUCCUCCUCCGCCCUGGAGGAGCUCGCCGCCGACCGCAAAGGUUUGGCGAGAGUGGUACUAAAGAAGGGCAAGACUCAGAUAUUCCGAGGUGGGAGUCCAAUGGUGUACAGUGGUGCUGUUGAUAGAAUAAUUGGCCGGCCUCCUCCCAAAACGGGUGAUGUUGUUUUGGUAGCUGAUGGGUCAGAGAAACCUAUCGGGUGGGGUGUCUAUAACUCCGUGUCUAUGUUUUGUGUUCGGCUAAUGCAACUAGAAGAAGAGGCAAAAAGAGAUCCAGCCUCUGCAUUAAAUAUGGAAAGGCUGCUCGAAGAAAGACUUUGUUCUGCGGUGGAUUUACGGCGUAGUUUGGGUUUCCCCUCAACUAAUACAAAUGCUUACCGUCUCGUCAAUAGUGAAGGCGACAGAUUAUCUGGUCUGAUAGUGGAUAUAUUUGCUGAUGUUGCCGUGAUUGCUUCAUCUGCUGCUUGGGUUGAGAAAUAUAGGCAACAAAUCCAGUCCCUUGUUAGCAAAGUUAGUGAUGUUAACCAUAUAAAGUGGAGGUCAUCAAGUGAUAUUCUAAAAGAAGAAGGAUUAGAUAUGUCAGAGCAAACAGAACCUGCACCCUCUUCAUACUCUGGAACUGUGAAGGUUAUGGAAAAUGGCAUUGUCUAUCUAGUCUCCAUGGAGGGGCAGAAGACAGGUUUUUAUGCAGAUCAACGGGAAAAUCGCCACUUCAUAUCCACACUCUCGAAGGGCCAGAGGGUUCUUGACCUUUGCUGUUACAGUGGUGGUUUUGCUCUUAGUGCAGCCAAGGGUGGUGCAACUAAUGUUACUGGCAUUGAUUCAUCAGGAUCUGCACUAGAUCUUGCCAAUGAGAAUAUUCUUCUGAAUAAGCUUGAUGCUGAGAGAAUUUCGUUCUUAAAAGAAGAUGCAACUGCAUUCAUGAAAGGUGCUAUCUCAAGAAAUGAGCUGUGGGACUUGGUAAUCCUCGAUCCUCCAAAGUUGGCACCCCGGAAGAAGGUGCUACAAAGUGCAUCCGGUAUGUACAGAAGCCUGAACGCUCUUGCAAUGCAAGUGGUAAAGCCAGGGGGGUUGCUCAUGACAUGCUCUUGUUCUGGAGCUAUGACCCAAAGUGGUCUCUUCCUUAAAACCAUUCAGGGUGCUGCAUCAAUGGCCGGUCGAAAGGUUACAGUUUUACGUCAAGCAGGAGCAGCUUGCGAUCAUCCCAUCGAUCCUUCAUAUCCUGAAGGCCAAUAUCUCAGCAAUUACCUACUCCGAGUAAUGUGAAAAAGGAACAGUCAAAACAAUUUACUGACCAGUAACCAUUUCUGAAGAGCUGAUUUCUGAAGUUUUACCUCCAGUUGAUGUUAUAUUUUAGUCAUAAGGUUAGGUCUAGAAAUUGUCUGAACAAGAACAUGUGUAUCUUGUAACCCUUCAAAGAUUAGCUUAUCAACUUUUGCAGAUCAUUAUUCUUUAUGGAGUGUACUUCCAAAAAUAUGUUAAGUGGAAUAACAGAAUGCACCAGUUUAAAACUGA